CAGAUUAGUUCGCGUGUGUGAGGAAGACGUGUGUUCUGUGUACUUGUGUUUUUAUACAAGUGUUUAACGUCAUGUUACUGGUGCUAUUGGGUUUUGCACUUUUAAUAUCAUGUGUAUCACCAGAGAGCUGUUUCUACCAGCGUUGUUUGGGCUGCCAACCGGAGCAAUCGUCCGGACCUGGAUUCAGAGUGGAAUGCCAUCCAUCCAACUGGGUGACUGCCCAGUGGGUGCAUAACAUCGGCCAUCCACCACCAUCCACGGAUAGCUGGAUCCAACUCGAGUAUAGUUGUUUGAAGUUGGUCGCAACUCCCGAUGAUAAAACUUUUGGAAAUACAGUGGACGUCGUUCGAGGUUGCAUACCCAAAGUUCAAGUGGACUCAGUCUGUCUCGGUCUUGUUGCAGUAGAAAGAGCGAGAGGCCAUAGUGACGCACGGUGUUAUGUGUGCAGAGGCAACGAUUGCAAUUCUGCUGCGCAAACACAACUUAAGAUGUAUUUACCUAUCGCUUUAAUUAUAGUUAAUUUCGUAUUUAGAUGAUAAACAGAAAAAAGCACAUUAUUUAAUGACUGAUUUUAUAUGAAUUAAAUAAUAAGAUAUGUGUGAUUAAAAAUAAAAUAAAACGCUUACUAAUAUAUCAGUGCGGUGUU